AUUUGCCCAAAGAAAGCUCCGUGUAUAGCUAGCCUUGGCCAAAGCCAAAGCCAAAGCCAAUUGUACCAAUUUUAAGCUCGCUGAGCCCUCUUCCUUCCUCGGAUAUAUGGUUGCUUACUUGCGCUAUCAGCUGACAUUAGUCACCACCUUAAACGCUCCAUGUACAUGGAACCACCAGCGCCGCCGCCACAGUCACUGCCAACAAUCACCAGUACCAUUUCUCUCACAACCGCCGGGAACGUUGAAGAAGUUGUCAAGCAAAUGGAUGUUUGAAUGUUCAGCGUUAAGCAAACAGGGGGAGCGAUUCUUUUCUUCUCUGGCCAACGCCAGGGCCACCGGAGAUACCUCGGCCACCAAUCGUCUGAUCAAGAAAUUUGUUGCAGCAUCACCUAAAUCUGUUGCUCUCGAUGCACUCUCUCAUCUCCUUUCUCCUCAUUCGUCUUAUCAUCAUCUCUCGUCCCUUGCAUUCCCUGUAAGUUCAUCUCUCUCUCUCUCUCUGCUAAAAGCAACCUCUUAUCCCUCUGGACAUUUUCUUUGGCAGCUUUAUUUGAAGAUCACUGACACACAGUGGUUUGAUUGGAAUCCAAAGCUAGUUGCCAAUCUUGCUGCGUUGCUUGAUAAACAAGGCCAACAAAAAGAGUUAGCAACUCUAAUCUCUGAUUCAACUUCUAAAUUACAGCUGAGAGAGCGAGAUCUUGCUCUAUUCUAUUGCAAUUUGGUUGAGUCUCACUCAAAACAGAAUUCUAUUGGAGGUUUUGAUGAUUGUUUGGCUCGUUUGACUGAGCUGGUUCAUAAUUCUAACUCUGUUUAUGUAAAAAGGCAAGGCUACAAAUCUAUGAUUAGUGGGUUAUGCGAAAUGGGUAGGCCCAGAGAAGCAGAAGAAUUGAUUGAUGAGAUGAGAGGCAAAGGAGUGAAGCCAUCUGUAUUUGAGUUUAGGUGUAUUGUGCAUGCUCAUGGAAGAUUAGGAUUGUUUGAAGAAAUGCAGAGAAGUCUUGUCCAAAUGGAAAGUGCAGGGUUUGAAAUUGAUACAAUUUGUUCAAAUAUGAUUCUUUCUUCCUAUGGAGUUCAUAAUGCACUUCCAGAAAUGGUAUUAUUUCUCAAAAAGAUGAAGGAUUUGGCAAUUCCGUUCUCAUUAAGGACUUUCAAUUCAGUCUUGAAUUCGUGUCCUACAUUUAUGUCGGUGAUACAAAACUCAAAUGCUUAUCCAAUAUCAAUUCAAGAACUGAUAGAGAUUUUAAGUGGAGACGAGGCCAUGUUGGUUGAGGCAUUGGCUGGAUUUUCAGUUUUGGAGGAGACAAUGAAGUGGAAUGCAUUAGAGGCUAAAUUGGAUUUGCAUGGAAUGCACUUGGGUUCAGCUUAUUUGAUAAUGUUGCUGUGGGUUGAAGAGAUGAGAAAGAGAUUGAGUAGUGGAAAUUAUGUGAUUCCAGCAGAAAUUACAGUAGUUUGUGGUUCAGGGAAACAUAGUUCUAUUAGAGGGGAAUCUCCAGUUAAGCAAAUGGUGAAAGAGAUGAUGGUAAAACUGAGAAGCCCUAUGAGAAUUGAUAGGAAGAACAUAGGUUGUUUUAUUGCUAAAGGGGCUGUUGUUAAAGAAUGGUUGUGUUAACUAACCAUUGAGUUUUAGUUCGGUAACAUUAUAGUUAUUUAUGGUCUUGAAUUCAAAAGUAUCUAA